AUGGCUACCCCUAGUGUCCUAGCUUUUGACGCUGAGGGUCGCGCCAUUGAUUUUGAGGUCUGGUUAGACGACCUGCAGCUGUUCUUACAGUGCGACAGGGCUGACGACCUUUCUCUCUUUGACCUCACCUCUGGCGCCUCUCCUGCUCCUGCUGCUGAUGCUGAUCCCACUGUCCGCUCUAAGUGGGCCACCCGCGAUGCUGCUGCACGUCUUGCUGUGCGUCGCCACCUCCCUACCUCUGAGCGUGCGCACUUUAGUCAGUACAAGUGUGCUCACACCUUGUACGACGCUGUAGUUGCGCGCUACUCCUCCCCUGCCACUGCUGCACUGAGCCUCGCGCGACUCCCUGACUCCCUUCGCGUCGUCAGGGACCACUUUCUCGCAGUCUGUCCCACCACCCUCACCGUCGACCUCCUCGAGAAGGCCCUCCUCGCAGCGGAGAAGAGCAUAGUCGCUGUAGGUGCUUCUCGUGGUGACCCUCGCACCCCCAUCUUUGAGGGGUGCUCUCCUUCCCCCUUGCUGCCCUCUGUUGCCUCUGCUGCUGCUGCCGACCUGCUUGGUCUUGAGUCGGUCGGCGCGGCGUCUGCCCCUAGUGGGAGACGUCGCUCCAGCAAGGGCAAGGGGGGCAAGGGCGCGGGUGGAGCUGGAGGGAGCGGUGGCGGUGGCGGCGGUGGCGGCGGAGGGAGUGGGGGUGGCGGCGGGACUAGUGGCGGGAGUGGUGGUGGUGGUGGCAGCAGUGGCGGAGACGGUGGUGGUGGUGCCAGCGGUGGUGGUGGAGGCAGCGGCGGUGGUGGAGGCGGCGGAGGUGGAGGCGGUGGAGGCGGCAGCGGAGGAGGCGGUGGUGGUGGAGGAGGUGGAGCUGGUCGAGGUGGUACUCAGCAGCGUAGCGGGACAUCCCUCCGCCUCAGCAGCUUCGUGAGUGGUACGCUGGGCGUCAGAGGGCAGUUCCCUGGGGCUAGUGAGAUCCCUCGCUGGGAUGAGCUUCUCAGGGCUGGUGUAGCGAUCUUUGAUCUUGAUUUUGAUGCUAUCCUUGCUGCUAUGUAUGUUGUGGAUUAUAGUGAGGAGAAUGAGGGUUACCGUUGUUUCCAGCCCGACCCGGGCAUUGGUACUGCUGCGCUAGGUGCUUGUGAGGCUGCUGCUCUAGGUGCCAGUGCGUAUGUGCUCUCAGGUACUGGUGAGACUGCGCUCUCAGGUACUGCGUCGUCCUCGUCCUCCCUCACUUUCACACUUGACUCCGGCGCUUCUCGCUCCUUCUUUCGAGACCGCACUACCCUUACGCCGCUCGGCCGGCCGGUUGUGGUCUCCCUUGCUGACCCCUCUGGGGGUCCUGUCCUGUCUCACUUCUCCACUGUCCUCCCGUGUCCGGCUGCCCCUUCGGGCACCCUGUCUGGUCUGUACCUUCCCUCGUUCUCUACGAACUUGGUGAGUGGUGCAGCCCUCCAGGAUGCGGGGGUUCACCAGUUAACUCCUGCGAGUCAGCGGGAGACCCACUGCACGGACGCACGCACAGGCCGACACCUAGCCACCUUCUCGCGUCGGCCGGGGUCGAGUCUCUACACCCUGACCACUUCGUCUCCUCCUGUCCCUGCGUCCGGUCAGGUAGCUGCGUCAGGUCAGGUGCUUGCUGCUGCGUCCCGGUCAGGUCCUGAGUCUGCCCCCUGUUCUUGUCGCCUCCUGUCUCACGAGACUCUCCUGUGGCACCACCGUCUUGGCCACCCCUCCUUGCCCCGUCUUCGGAGCAUGGCUUCCCGUGUCCUUGUCUCUGGUCUUCCCAAGUCUCUCCCUCCUCUCCCCUCCGGGCCAGGACCUUCCUGUGUCCCCUGUGUCGAGGGUCGCCUCCGGGCUACUCCUCACUCCUCCCACUUCCCCUCGACAGAGGCUCCCCUGCAGACGCUUCACAUGGAUGUGUGGGGCCCAGCCCCCGUCCGUGGGCAGGGUUACGAGCGCUACUUCCUGUUGGUGGUUGACGACUACUCGCGUUACACCACAGUCCUCCCCUUGCGCAGCAAGGGUGCGGUCACUGAGGUGCUGAUCGACUGGAUCCGCGAGGCUCGUCUCCAGCACAGGAAGAGCUUCGGCUCGGACUUUCCUGUUCUGCGUCUGCACUCGGACAGAGGCGGAGAGUUCUCUUCUCGCCUUCUGCGGGACUACUGUCGUGCGCGGGGGAUCCGCCAGACCUUCACGCUUCCGGACUCACCACAGCAAAAUGGGAUUGCUGAGCGCCGCAUUGGCAUGGUCAUGGAUGUCGCUCGUACGUCCAUGAUGCAUGCGGCUGCCCCCCAUUUUCUGUGGCCGUUUGCGGUGAGGUACGCGGCGCAUCAGCUCAACCUUCACCCCCGGGUCUCUCGGCCUGCGAUGUCCCCAGUCUUGCUGUGGACGGGGAAGGUUGGCGAUGCGUCUGUGUUCCGUGUCUGGGGAUCUCGGGCGUUUGUCCGCGACUUGUCUGCGGACAAGCUGUCCCCUCGUGCUGCUCCCUGUGUCUUCCUUGGCUUCCCCACUGACGCCCCAGGGUGGCAGUUUUACCACCCCUCCUCUCGUCGUGUUCUGUCCUCCCAGGACGUCACGUUCGACGAGUCAGUCCCCUUCUACCGUCUCUUCCCCUACCGCACUCCUUCCCUCCCCCCUCCCCCGGACUUCCUUGUGCCGGUUCCCCCCCCGGUAGACCCCCUCCCCCCUCAGGUUCCUGCCCCCUCAGGUGUGUCCCAGGUAGACGCCGUUGACCCGGUCGAGCCUGGGGGUGCUACUGCCGGGGGUGCUGGGCCUGAGGGUGCUACUGCGGAGGGUGCGGAGCCUUGGGGUGCUGAGCCGGGGGGUGCUGUGCCUGGAGGUGCUAGGUCUGGGGGUGCUGGGUCGGGAGCUGCUGAGCCUGGGGGUGCUGUGCUGGGAGCUGCUGAGCCUGGGGGUGCUGCGUCUGGAGCUACUGAGCCUGGGGUUUCUCCUGCUGCUGCGUCUCGCCGGGAGCCCCUCUCUCCGCAGGAGCUGCGCGAGUGGUUCGCUCGCCGCUGGAGGCGUGCUGCUGCGUCCGGAGGUGCUACUGGAGCUGGAGCUGGAGCUUCUUCGACCGUCGAGGGUGCGGGUGCUGCCGGUCCCGGAGCUGCUGGACCUGCGGGUCCUCCUGGAGCUGGAGCUGCUGAGGGCGUUGGUGCUGAGCCUACUGCUGUUGGUCCUGCCGCUGGAGGUGUGGGUGGCGCUGGUGCUGACGCUGAGGGUGGUGGUGCUGUCCCUGCUGAGUCUGGAGCUGCCGCGCGGCCUCGGCCGUACUUCGUUCCGCUCCUGCAGCAGGUUCUUGGUCUUUCUCCUCUAGUAGAGGGUCCACCGCCUGUCCAGUCGCAGUCCCUGCUGGAGCCUUCCUCUCCACUGCCUGCUCCCUCUCCUUACACUGGUCCUACUGGAGGUCUGGCUGAGCGUCGUGAGCCUGCGUCUCGUCCCGCGUCGCCUGUUCGUGCUGCUCGCGCUAGUGGUCGCAGUUCGCGUCAGCGUCCUCCUCCUGUCCCUGGCACACACCAUAUGUCCUUGCGUCCGUCCACUGCUCCUCUGCGUGCCCCUUUGCCUUCUCCUCCUGAGUCCUCUCUUCCUGCGCUUGCCGACCCUGAGUCGGACUCUCUUCGUGCUGCCAGUCCUACUGUCACGCGUCUGCUUGCUACUGUCGUCACUGACCCCUCUUUUGAGUCCACUGCUGCGUCUGCUCUAGUCGCUGAGCUCGUCGACUUUGCUGCUCGCUGUCGUCUCGACUACGCUGCUAGUCUUGUUGCUGAGUCUGCGUCUGUCUGUCCUCCGUCCGUCGGGGGUGAGUGUGCUCUUGGCACGGACGUCCUAGAGGACAGGCAGGAGGAGUUACAGUGUCUAGCGGCUGCUUCACCUCAUCUCGCGUCUGUACUGCUUGCCCCUGAGGGAGACCCGGAUGCACUAGACAUCCCGACUCCGCGUUCUUACGCGGAGGCCGUAGAGGGUCCCUACUCCUCUCAGUGGCAGGCAGCUAUGGAUGCAGAGAUGGCUUCCUGGAAGUCCACAGGCACCUACGUUGACGCGUUUCCCCCUCCUGGGGCGAACAUCGUCAGUGGCAUGUGGAUCUUCAGGGUGAAGCGGCCGCCGGGCUCUCCACCUGUCUUCAAGGCACGGUACGUUGCUCGUGGCUUCAUCUACGGUCUCCGCCAGGCACCGCGUGAGUGGCACGACACACUGAGGACUACGCUUGCGGCUCUUGGGUUUGCUCCUUCUACUGCUGACCCGUCGCUGUUUCUUCGCACCGACACUUCCCUGCCGCCGUUCUACAUCCUCGUGUAUGUCGACGACUUGGUCUUUGCCACAGCGGACACUGCUGGACUCGCCUACGUGAAGUCCGAGCUGCUGAAGAGACACACGUGCACAGACCUGGGUGAACUGCGCAGCUACCUUGGCUUGCAGAUCACUCGGGACAGAGCACGCCGCACCAUUACCUUGACUCAGUCACACAUGGUGCAGCAGGUCCUUCAGCGCUUCGGCUUCACGUACUCCUCGCCUCAGGCCACUCCUCUGCCUACUCGCCACUCACUCUCAGCUCUGCCUUCGGAUGAGUCCGUAGAGUCGAGUGGUCCGUAUGCAGAGCUUGUUGGCUGCCUCAUGUACCUGAUGACCUGCACACGACCUGACCUUGCAUACCCUCUGAGCAUUCUUGCACGCUAUGUUGCUCCUGGGAGACACAGACCGGAGCACAUGGCUGCAGCGAAGAGGGUAUUGCGCUACCUGUGCAGUACGUCGGGCAUGGGGCUAGUGCUUGGAGGGCGGAGUCCAGUGGUCCUUACCGGCCACGCGGACGCUUCUUGGGCUGACGACCAGGCUACGCAGCGGUCGUCACAGGGUUACACCUUCAGCCUUGGUUCCGGCUCUGUCUCGUGGCGGUCUACUCGCUCGUCUUCGGUUCUCGGCUCCAGUUGUGAGGCUGAGAUCUACGCCGGGGCCAUGGCUGCACAGGAGCUUCGCUGGCUCACCUACCUGCUGACUGACCUUGGAGAGCCGCCUCGUUCUCCUCCAGUGCUGUACGUAGACAACAAGGCCAUGCUGGCCUUGUGUCGAGAGCAGCGCUUGGAGCACAGAACGAAGCACAUUGCUCUCCGCUACUUCCUUGCUCGUGAGCUGCAGCAGCGUGGUCAGUUGCGACUUGCGUACAUGGCCUCUGAGGCCAACACUGCUGAUGUGUUCACCAAGGCACUCGCGCCUUGUGACCAUCAGCGCUUUUGCACCCAGCUGGGUCUUGUACCUGUCUUGCCUAACUUGCUCUCCUCUUGA